AUGCCGUUCGAAACAGAACUUACACGUCGGCUGGGGAUUCGAGUCCCUGUCGUCCAGGGUGGAAUGCAAUGGGUCGGCUACGCAGAGCUGGCCUCUGCCGUGUCCAACGCCGGCGGCCUAGGGAUUCUUACCGCCCUGACGCAACCGACGCCUGAAGAUCUGAGGAGCGAGAUCCGGAAGUGCAGGACCAUGACCGACAAGCCGUUCGGCGUCAACAUCACCCUCCUGCCCACGCUGAACGCCCCGCCGUACCUGGAAUACGCGCAGGUGGCCAUUGACGAGGGCGUGCGUAUCAUUGAGACGGCAGGAAACUCUCCAGGCCCGGUGAUCGCCCGACUCAAAGACGCAGGCUGCACCGUCCUGCACAAAUGCACCACCAUCAGACACGCCGCGUCGGCCGUCAAGCUCGGGGUGGAUUUCCUGAGCAUCGACGGGUUCGAGUGCGCGGGACACGUGGGCGAGUCGGACAUCACCAACCUGAUCCUCCUGUCCCGCGCGAGACAGUCUCUCGGUAUCCCGUUCAUCGCCUCGGGCGGCUUCGCAGACGGGUACGGCCUCGCGGCAGCCCUCAGCCUCGGCGCCGAGGGCAUCAACAUGGGCACGCGGUUCAUGUGCACGAUCGAAGCCCCCAUCCACCAGCACAUCAAACAGGCCAUCGUCGACGCGCAGGAGACCGACACCCAGCUCGUCCUCCGCCGCUGGCGGAAUACCUCGCGCCUGUUCAAGAACAAGGUGACGGCCGAAGCGACGCGGAUCGAGCGCGAAAGCACGACGGGCAACUUCGACGAGGUCGCGCCGUACGUCUCCGGCAAGCGCGGCCGGCAGGUCUUUCUCAACGGCGACAAGGACUUUGGCGUCUGGACCGCCGGCCAGGUCAUCGGCCUGAUCCACGACAUUCCCUCGUGUAAAGACCUGAUCGAUCGGAUUGAGCGGGAAGCCGUCGACGUGUUGGACAGGAGCCGGAGGUUGUACAAGCCACAUGCCAAACAGCGGGGGAGAUUGUAG